AGCAGUGGGCUGUCUGGGCCAGAUUUUGGGUUUCAGACACCCAACACGAGUGGCAUGAGUUUGGCUAGUAUGUCUGCGGAUGUCAAGUCGCAGGCGAUGUUAAGGGGCGAUCGCAAGGGUAUGUCUGGGGCGCUCCAGUUUUCACCCGACAAAGACAACCUCAUCACCAAGUACUUAGUGUUGGAACUCGACCCAAGGCAAUUGCUGGGGCAGCCAGCAGGACUAGUAGCACAUAUACUGUUCAUGUGCGUACGGUAUCUUGACCUAGAGGAAGAGAGGGACAGAAUGAAGGGCCUGUGCAAGUCACUGCUGCUGAGUGUGAAGAGCGUGUUGCUCAACAAUAGCAGUGAUGUUGACCGGGUGGUGUUCUGGCUGAGCACGUGUUCGCGGUUUCUGAGUGAUCUCAAGCAGUACAGCGGUGAGGCCAUGUACGGCCAACAGGACGAGGGAAAACCACUCAAAAACUUUGAUCUGUCAGACUUCAGGCGGCAGGUA